AUGGCUCCAGGGGUUGACAACCCAUGCUCGUCACCCAUCAUCGAGCGACGGUCACUCUGUCUUUCAUCUGAUGUGCCUAGCACACCACUGCAAUAUGGGGAUCAUGGCUUCAUCCAGACUAUAAUCAAAUAUUUCCCCUCUGCCGAAAACAACGCCAUCGAGCAACUGGUACGUUUGAAGAACGAACUGAAGGAUGCGGACACGGAGGUCUUCUGGAAGAAACUGAUGGAAGGCAUGACGGAAAUAUGUCAAGCACAAUGUGGCUUCGUCGCGAAGAGAGUCUUGCCUGAUGGUAACAACCGAGUAGCGGAGACACCCCCGGUUGGGGAGCGAGGCUCGUGGCCGUUUGGCGUGGCCUUAUACUAUAACGACGGUGACAAGCAGAAAGGCAUGCACCGCGAUUACGAGCACAAGGCUCGGGGAGCGCUUGGUGCCCAGUUGGAGCACGACAAGGUCUUCCUCAUUCCCGAGCAAAUGAGCUCCUUCAUCACCCACGACUCCGAAGUCCUUCCAUUCCCGGUCGAGGGCUACUUGGCAGUUCCCCUAUUCCACCACAAUAAGUGUUUUGCCCAUUUCGGUAUGAUGUGGACGCAAGAAGGCUUGGACCGACGCAACACGUCAUGGAGUUACACCGAAAUGCUCCUGCAUUCCCUGGAAGAUAUGGUCACUGCGCGCCUUGUCAACGGCCGAGGCCAGCCAAAGCCUCUACCUACUCAAACUGGAGCGAUGGGCCAUGUCAUCCCCCAAGCAGUCAUCACCCCUGCGACCCAGUGUCUUAAACCCUUUGCUAGGAGUCUCUCACACGAACUACGAACGCCAAUGCAAGGCGUAGUAGGCAUGCUGGAUGUGAUGCAUGCCACCGUUCAAGAACAGCUUGAAGGUCAUCUCCAUUCUUCCACUCGACGUGUGUUCCAGACAUUGAAAGAGAAUAUCGAAACCGUCCAGGACAGCGCCAAGCGAGCGGUCGAGGCUGCUGACAACGUUGUCCAUGCCUACGACAUGGACAUGCAAAUCCCGGAUACUCCUCAACACGAACAUGAAAAUCCCGCCGUCGCCUCCGCAACCACUGGGUAUUUUGACUGCAAACCUUCCAUGCUCAUCGAAGGCAGUGACAUCCAUGUCACAUCGUACAAAAGACAGCGGAGCAGUCCUACGUCCUGGCAUUUUGGCAAUGCCACCAAGGUCCGAAAUCUUGGUUCGUCCACUCGCCUCGAUGUUUCUCCCAGAAGUGCUUUGCCUCAAUUUUUCCCGCCGUCUACCUUGACGCCGCAAACGACCGCCUCGGAUGAUCCCAGCCCUAUGGUUUUUACACCCAUGCAAGAUCGUUCGACACCAAGCGGGUUGACCACCCCGUCGACAAGAUUAUUCGGCGAGCUCGACACACUGCCAACUCCAGGGAUCAAGCAAUGUAGGAUCCGAGACCUGAUACCCCUGGUGAUCCAUGAAUCUCUACGGGUUGGAGGUAGGCCAGAUUCAGCUAUUGGAGAGCCCACGGGCUUUGGAGAGAGGAUAGUCGUCAGGACACGGUCAUCGAAUGGCAAUGUUUCACGAAGGACGGUCGAGUGGGCGGUUGCUCCGGAUGUCCCACAGACUCUGCUUGUGGAUGAACGUGAUCUGGCCAAGUUGGUAUCAGCUGUGUUUCUGAACGCCGUCAAAUUCACGGAUGAGGGGUUUAUAAAUCUCAAUUUUCAGCUCUCAAAAACUCUACGAUAUCUGAUUGUCAAUAUCAGAGACACAGGCGCUGGCAUCCCCGAGGAUUUUCAACCCGAGCUAUUCAAACCCUUCUCUAGAGAGGACGAUACUCUGACACGCACAAAAGAAGGGCUCGGGUUAGGUCUUCUUGUUGCCAAAGGUUUGGCACGACGACUGGGCGGAGAUCUUAAUCUGAUCAAAUCAGCCGUUCAUGGACCUGACAAAGGUUCCGAGUUCGAGAUCAAGGUACCGCUGGACCCGACCGAUGGAAUCAGUCGGGCUUCUAGCCCAGGCCUUCGAAGCCCGGACGCGUCCAGAAGUGUCUCACGCCCGCCGACAACCUCAAGGCCGUUGGAGCCCGCUCCGCAGGUAUCAGCCUCUGGAACAGCCCAGACCACGGUUCCAAAAGGUUCCAGACCCCUGGUCCCGUCAACUGUGACCAAGAUCCACCAAAGCCCUACAGCGACUGGUGAAGCCGGCCGCCCUCGUUCCUCCCCCCGGCUCCCAUUGCAUAGGGACUCGUACGAUCGAAAUCUGGCGCAGAAGCAUCCGCUCACAUUUCUGGUGGCUGAAGAUAACAAGAUCAAUCGAAAGCUGCUCGUGAACAUGCUAGGAAAACUCGGUUACAAGGAUGUGCACGAGGCUUUUGAUGGUAAAGAAGCCGUGAGAGUUAUGCGUGAGAUUCAGGACGGGGGCAGCAGAUACGAUGGCUCCAAUGGCAGGCACCCCAGAAAGAAGGUGGAUGUGAUUUUAAUGGAUCUCUGGAUGCCUGAGAUGGAUGGCUACCAGGCCACCGAGUGCAUUCUGGACAUGUUUCGGCAUUCGGAUGGUCGCAACGGCUCCAACUCCGAGCACGCGGCACCACCGAUCGUGUUGGCUGUCAGUGCUGAUGCUACCGAGGAGGCCAUCGAGCGGGCCACCAAAACCGGCAUGGAGGGCUUUAUGACCAAACCAUACAAGUUGACGGAUCUGCAGAGAUUGAUCGUUGAAUUCUGUGGCAAAAGCGAUGGUGUCAAGGGUAUGGCUUGA